CUGCUUUUGCUUCUGAUGGCGGCGGCUCCGCUUCCCCGAGUACCCGUCUCCUCCUCCUCCUCCGCGGCCUCUCCGGCGAGCCGCUUCUUUGUCCUCCGCGGGGGAGCACCAUGUCGGGCUAGCAGAUGCGCUGGCGUGGCGGCGGCCCCGGGUUGGCGGCGCCGCGGGGUGCAGCCGUUCCCGGCUGGCUCCGUAGCGGCGCGCUCGGCGGGGUCGACGCCGGGGGCGGUUGCCGUCGACGCUAAGGUCGAAGCAUUACUAGACAGUGUGAAGUGGGACAGCAAAGGGUUGGCUGUUGCAAUUGCCCAAAAUGUGGAUACUGGAGCCAUUCUCAUGCAGGGCUUUGCCAACAAAGAAGCCCUUGCAACAACUAUAUCUACCAGGAAAGCUACAUUCUAUAGCCGUUCACGGUCUUCAUUGUGGACUAAAGGGGAGACAUCGAUGAACUUCAUCAACGUGCAUGACAUUUUCUUGGACUGUGACCGUGAUUCUAUUAUAUACCUUGGGAAGCCAGAUGGACCUACCUGCCAUACAGGAGCAGAGACUUGUUAUUAUUCUUCAGUCUUUGAUGCUCUACAAGGUUCAAAGCCCAAUCAAGAUAGACAGGUCGCCACUACUCUGUACUCACUUGAAGAUACAAUUAGUAGACGGAAGGAGGAGAUAGUUACUGAAGGAAGUGGCAAGCCAUCAUGGACCAAAAAACUAAUACUUGAUAAUCAGCUACUUUGCUCAAAAAUAAGUGAAGAAGCUGGAGAGCUAAACCAAACACUGCUUGAAAACGAGGACAAAAGCCGCACAAUAUCUGAGAUGGGCGAUUUGCUAUACCAUGCGAUGGUGCUGCUGAGGGUCAAGGGCGUGAAGAUGGAAGAGGUGUUGGAGGUCCUCAGGAAACGGUUUUCGCAGUCUGGUAUUGAGGAAAAGGCUAGUCGCCAUAAAUCUUAGCAUGCUCGCAUUUCGGUCGAUCAAAUUUGCCAGUUUGCUACUAUAUCUCGUAUCACCUCACCACUGGUGCCAAGUGUACACCAUGGAAUAGUUUGGUAUUCUUAGACCGCCAGUUCUGAAUUGUGGUUAUGCUUUUGCUAUUCCUCCAAUAAGAGAAUAAACAUGUCUGCCAACCGGAGAGGCUGUAAUUUGCAGUGCCGUUCUUGCUUUCGCUAAUAAAAUCAGCUCAUUAGUCAA